GUUGUAACUGCAGCGUGCUGCGUCACAUUUGUAAAUGCACGCCGUCGCGCGUCCAGAAGGUCAAAUGCCUUCGUACGCAUCAGGAACUUCAGAAGUGAAGCGAUAUUUCACCUUUAAUGACGCGAAACUACCGCAAGAGACGUCAGUGUUCCUUAUGUAAAGUAUGGCUGAGCUCAGGACGCGCUUUGCUCUCUUGUAUCACAGUGCGUCAAAAAGGAACAUAUAAAGGUGCACGAAAAGACUAUGGACAGACGGCCCGAGAACCCGACGAAAGCAGUCGGCUAUCUUAAGGAGCUGACUAAGAUCAUAGAGACCCAGCAGGCGCUGCUAGAGCGGCAAAAGACGCGCAUCUUUGAGCUGGAGCAGCAUGUGUCCGACCUGUGCGCGGAAAACAGCCGCCUUCGAUACGAGUACCAGCGGCAUCUGCUCACUUGCAGGAUGCGUCCCUUCCAGGACACCCCACAACAACAAAGUCAUGCAUCUCUUCCAGUGGAAAUGAAAGGCUGUCCCAGUAGCUUUAGAUCAGUUGUGUGUAGGAGAAUUGUGCCGUGUCGACAGUGGAAGUCUUCGUCUUUCGGUGUGGAGGGGGACGUUCAAAGCAGCGAGCCUGGUCCCGCCUUGGACAGCAGCGCAGGAUGUGGCCGUGGCCCCAUGUCACACAGUUCUUCCCUCAGUCCGGACCAGUUUGACAGUUUGGUGUACAGCCACGGCAUCCAGCCAACAUCACAACGCCCUCAGCGGCCCAAACUACAACACUCCCAAUCAAUCCUUCGCAAACAGGCAGAGGAGGAGGCCAUCAAACGCUCACGGUCUCUCUCUGAAAGCUAUGAGCUCUCCACAGAUCUUCAGGACAAGAAGGUGGAAAUGCUUGAACGGAAAUAUGGAGGCCGUUUCAUAACCCGCCACGCUGCUCGCACGAUUCAGACAGCUUUCCGCCAAUAUCAAAUGAACAAGAACUUUGAACGUCUCAGGAGUUCCAUGUCAGAGAAUCGCAUGUCCCGCAGGAUGCUUUUGUCCAACAUGAGGAUGCAGUUUUCCUUUGAUGGACACGAGAAAUCCCACAGCUCCUUUUUCGAAGGAAGGCAAAUGUCUCUCAUGGAUGAUACAAGCCAUUUAGGAUCCAUGUUGCAAGCUGGAGAGAAGAUUCCUGCCAUUUUGGAAGUCCCGGAAUGUCGAAGCGAUUUAACGGAGACAAUCACAGAGCUAGAGGACACAUUUUCGAGGCAGGUGAAGUCAUUGGCCGACUCCAUUGAUGAUGCACUAAACUGCCGUGGUCUGCAUGAAGAGGAGAUCCAGCCUGAGCGGGCAGUUUGUCAGGAGGAUGAUGAGCUCCCUCACUCUGAUGACCGACACAAGUUGAAUGAGAUCUGCAAUGUGACUCUUUUCAUCGAUGAAGAGGAAAUCUCUCCACCUGUUCAGACCUCUGUAGAGCAUCCAUCUAACAUUGAAUCCGAGCAACUCGCCCAGUCCAUCAACUCUUCGCAAGAGUACUGGUCCAUGGACACCAAAGACGACAAGCUGGAUGCGGACACUAGCUCCAGAAGUACUCCAUCCCUCAGAUGCCAGGAACCGCAGCUCUGCAUGAACCACUUACCGCUGCUGACCAUCGAGCCACCCAGCGACAGUUCAGCGGAAGCGAGCAAUCGUUCAGAAUGCAGCUCGGUUGAGCAUCAGGAUAUUGAGGAACGGACAGUAGCAGAACCACGGGCCACUCCCAAGAGAAUCGUACGUGGACAUUCUCGAGAUCCGGAGCCCCUCAGACAUCGGCAGCUGGAGAGCCACUUGGCCACCAAUGGAAGCCGUCAGAUCAAGUCAGAAUCUGACUUCUCUGAUGGGGACAAUGACAGUAUCAACAGCAACUCGAACUCUAAUGACACAAUAAACUCAUCCAGAGACAGUCUGAGAGAUCAGACUCUGAACAAACAGACAUACCACAAAGACACUCGAAACAGCUGGGACUCUCCAGCAUUCAGCAGCGACAUCACUCGCAAGAGACAAUACCGCAUUGGCCUCAACCUUUUUAAUAGAAAGCCAGAGAAGGGCAUACAGUACCUGACAGAGAGAGGCUUUGUUCCCGACACACCUGUGGGCGUGGCCCAUUUUCUGCUGCAGAGGAAAGGCUUGAGUCGACAGAUGAUUGGUGAAUUUCUCGGGAACCGACAGAAACAAUUCAACAGGGAUGUCCUGGACUGUGUGGUGGAUGAACUGGAUUUCUCAGGGAUGGAGCUGGAUGAAGCUCUGCGCAAAUUCCAGGCUCAAAUCCGGGUUCAGGGGGAGGCGCAAAAGGUGGAGCGUCUAAUCGAGGCGUUUAGGUGCCCGCCCAUCAAUUCAAUUCAAUUUUAU